UCCAUCCCUCUCGACCCCAAACAGUGGAAUUUGGCUGUGCCUCGGGUCGUCCUGCUUUGCAAUAUCGGCUAUAGUUGUUGGCGGUUUCUGCUGAGCCUGAGCCGUCUGCUGCAGCCUCCGACUGAACUCAUUAAGUUGGGAGAUUUUUUUCAAUUGGACGGGUGUUUUUAAAGUCUCGUCUUUCCAGCCCCAAACAAGGUGUAACAACGCACUCUUCCUUCUAAGGAAUGAGAUGAGAGACAAGGAUCACUCCAGACAUCUCCUACCUACGGUUUGGGGUUUUUUUUUCUUAAAGGCGAGGCUUGCAUUCCUCAGCAGCUAUGUACAAAGCUCCCUGAAACCUCGUCUCUCUAAAGUUAGUGUGCAGGGUUUUACUAGGCUGAGAGUGAACGCCUAAUGCAUGGGGAAGCACUUCCUGGAGGUGCAAGAUCUCUCCCUUCACCUUUCCUCUUUUUCCCUGCAGGCUAGUGCCUACUUUUUAUCAGUUUGCACAAUCGCUUAGAUAAACACCGAGGAGGAGAUUCUCUUUAAUUAUCAAAGACACAUCUUUUCAGGGGGCCAACAAAGCGUUUAUUUCACCCGCCAAACUAAAGGAGAGUUAUUCCUGUUUAGAAGGAAGAUGCAAGCGGUUUGGGAUCUUGAACAAGGAAAAUAUGGUUUUGCUGUGCAGAGGGGCAGGAUGCCGCCCACCCAGCCGACCCACGGGCAGUUCGCGCUGACCAACGGGGACCCUCUCAACUGCCACUCGUACCUGUCCGGAUAUAUUUCCCUGCUGCUGCGCGCGGAGCCCUACCCCACGUCCCGCUUCGGCAGCCAGUGCAUGCAGCCCAACAACAUCAUGGGCAUCGAGAACAUUUGCGAACUGGCCGCGCGGAUGCUCUUCAGCGCCGUCGAGUGGGCCCGGAACAUCCCUUUCUUCCCCGACCUGCAGAUCACGGACCAGGUGGCCCUGCUGCGCCUCACCUGGAGCGAGCUGUUCGUGUUGAAUGCAGCGCAGUGCUCCAUGCCCCUCCACGUCGCCCCGCUCCUGGCCGCCGCUGGCCUGCACGCUUCGCCCAUGUCUGCCGACCGGGUGGUCGCCUUUAUGGACCACAUACGGAUCUUCCAAGAGCAAGUGGAGAAGCUCAAGGCACUGCACGUCGACUCUGCCGAGUACAGCUGCCUCAAGGCCAUAGUCCUGUUCACCUCAGAUGCCUGUGGUCUCUCUGAUGUAGCCCAUGUGGAAAGCUUGCAGGAAAAGUCCCAGUGUGCUUUGGAAGAGUACGUUAGGAGCCAGUACCCCAACCAGCCAACACGAUUCGGAAAGCUUUUGCUUCGCCUGCCUUCCCUCCGCACCGUGUCCUCCUCAGUCAUAGAGCAAUUGUUUUUCGUCCGUUUGGUAGGUAAAACCCCCAUCGAAACCCUCAUCCGGGAUAUGUUACUGUCCGGCAGCAGUUUUAACUGGCCGUAUAUGGCAAUCCAAUAAAUAAAUAAAUCAAAAUAAUAAGGGGGAGUGAAACAGAGAAAGAAAAGGCAAAAGACUGGCUUGUUUGCUUAAUUUCCUUCUGUUAAGAAAGGAUAUAAAAGGAUGUUACACAUUUGCUAAAAGAAGAGAGGGGAAGAAUUUAAUGGACUGUGAAUUAAAAAAAAAAGACUGUCAAAAUGAACUUUUACAGAAUGCAUUAAAAAAAACUCCUGUGUUGGUCAGAAAAACUUGCUACUUAUCAUUUUUGUAUAAAAAGGAAAUUAGUCUUUUUCUUUUUUUGGUAAAUUUUUGAAAAAUAUUGCUAAAAGUGCAUUUAAGGAGAUUGGGAGAAAAUUAGCAGAAUGGAGAAAGUAAGUCUUUUUUUUUUUCCAAAUUAUUAAUUGUCCUGUGUCUAUGUACCUCUAGCUGUUCUUUUUUGUACUUUUCUGGUUCCAAACCAGUUUAUUCUGUGGUUCUAUAAUAAGUUUUGAUAUAAUCUUGGCUUCUUAAAAACUGUGUAUCAUUAAAAUAUAUGUUCUGCAAGAAUUAAAACUGAGUCCAUGAGAAUAUCAUAGGAAGACAUAAAACUUUAAAAAAAGCAACUCAAAGAUGAUGGAGACGCACUUACAAGUGGCGACCAAAAAUUUUAGGUGAAGUUGAGCACUCUAAUUAGAGAAUGGGAGGAACCACAUACAAAACUUAACUUCCCCUACCCUCCCCUAGCCCCGAAAGACACCAUGGCAAACCUAGCUUUUUAAAAAUAUUUUAAGAAAGAGAAUGAACUGUGGAAUUUAUUGGCAGCCAAGGAAUGUGUCCAAGACACAUGCUGAGGUUUUGAAUAAAAAGUGAACUUUUGUAAUUUGAAUUGGGUUCCCACUUAGUUCUUGAAUUGUUACGAAAAUCCUAUAUCUGUUUGUAUAUUUGCAAGCCCUUUGUAUUAUAAUUGUUGAUAUUUUCCCUUUUUAAAAAAUACCAUUGAAAUCAGCAUGACAAAAUAACACUGUUGGCACUUAUAGGUAACGUGAUUGAUUCAGUAUCUUAGAGUUUACAGUUUGUGUUUUAAAAAACUGAAGGUUUUUUUUUUUAAGUGCAACAUUUCUGUAUACUGUAAAAGUUAUAAUAACUGAACUGUUUGGUCGAGUCUUUGUGUGUUAUAUUCCAAGGAAAAUUGAAAGUAUUCAGAAAUUAAAAUAUUAUUUGAUAUCUGAAACCUGUUUGACAGUCGCCACUCACUGUCUGUCCCUGGAGAAGAACCCCUGAGCUCUGGAGGGGCCGAGCUGGCUGGGGUGGGGGGCUCAUUUGUUUACUGCCCUCAGUGAGUCUGUCCAAAGGUGGACUGAAAGAAAUAUUUGCCUGUUUAAUUUGGGUGUGUGUGUUGGGGGGGGAAGCUGAAGUUGGUGGUUUCUCUAUGGUUUAGGAAGUGCCACACUGAUAUAGUAAGCCACCCCCAUUCACCUGAUCCUUUUAAUUAAAAAUGGAUUUUCCAGGAAAAAAAAAAAGGCCCUAUAUUUGUCACACUUAAGUGCCUGCUUAGGAAAAGUAUUGUGAAAAGUAUUAGAAAUCUUGAGAUCACUAUCUAUUUUAUGAUCAGGAAAAAUACUCUUUUGUACAUUUCUGACAGUUUAGGCAGGAGAUCAUUCAAGCAAGCUAAUCACAGCAUAGUAAAUGGGGGACAGUUGUUUGCAAUGAGUUUUUCCUUAAGUGGGUGUGAUUUUUUAAACAUAUUCUGUGGUUCUCAUCUAGCAUGGUUGUUGAGAGGAUUUCAGAUUCAGUGACACAGCUUAGAGUGCUAAAGGGUCUGCUGUUCAUGUAUAUAUGAUAACUUGCAGUUGGGCCAGCCUCUCCCCUCCCCCUUUACCUUCAGUCUGAUCACAGGUCAAGGGAAUCUUCUCCACUGGAGUUAACUAUGGGAAAACACAUCGACAUUUGGACAUUUCAGAUUGUGUAGAUACAAUCUGUGCUGCUCUGGGAUCCUUUGUCCUUAGAAAUCAAAUUAAGAAAACAGAAAAGAGAGAGAAGAAAACUUUACAGGGUGUGCUGAUUUGGAAGUAGUCACUAUUUGUUUAAAUCCCCUCCCCUUCCUUUUUUUCCUGGUUCUGGGAGCUAGCAGUUUGUUCUUAUUUAGACUUUUCAAGCUGCCUUCCCACAAAUAUAACUUUACCAUGUUGUGGUUUAAUCUUCAUAUGGGGGGGAUGUGGUGAGGAGGUGAAAGAAAAGAGGUCAUUUUGUAAAGUGCAUUAAACUUUGAUACUCAGUUCCAGUCAAUACAUGCAGACCAGAAAAAUCUGAUUUGUGCAUUUGAGCAGACUUCUCCAUCUGACUCUCAGCUUCUUUCUGUAGAUAUAUACAUAUAUAAA